GGGAGGGGUGGGGUUUAGAGGAAGCGGAAGUGUCAGAGCAGGCGGAAGUGGCACUGCCCAGAACACCCUGAGCAGCGAGCGGAGGCUUCACGAACUCCCCGUCUUUUCAGAGAACACGAUCGGGAUCCACGUUCGCUCCAAAUCCUUAAAAGAUGGAUAAGAACGACCUGGUGCAGAAAGCCAAGCUGGCAGAGCAGGCCGAGCGCUACGACGACAUGGCGGCUGCCAUGAAGGCCGUGACGGAGCAGGGCCUGGAGCUGAGCAACGAGGAGCGCAACCUGCUCUCCGUCGCCUACAAGAACGUCGUGGGGGCCCGUCGCUCGUCCUGGCGCGUCAUCUCCAGCAUCGAGCAGAAGACGGAGGGGAACGAGAAGAAACAGCAGAUGGCCCGUGAUUACCGCGUGAAGAUCGAGUCUGAACUCCAAGAAAUCUGCCACGACGUUCUGAAUCUGCUCGACAAAUUCCUCAUUCCCAACGCGUCUCAGCCGGAGAGCAAGGUGUUCUACCUCAAAAUGAAAGGAGACUACUUCAGAUACCUGUCGGAGGUCGCCUCCGGGGACUCGAAGAAGGAUACGGUGGAGAACUCUCAGCAGGCCUACCAGAACGCCUUCGACAUCAGCAAGAAGGACAUGCAGCCGACGCACCCCAUCCGACUCGGCCUGGCGCUCAACUUCUCCGUCUUCUACUACGAAAUCCUCAACUCCCCCGAGCAGGCCUGCGCCCUGGCCAAGCAGGCUUUCGACGAGGCGAUCGCCGAGCUCGACACCUUGAACGAGGACUCGUACAAAGACAGCACGCUGAUCAUGCAGCUACUAAGGGACAACCUCACUCUGUGGACAUCGGAAAACCAGGGCGACGAGGGCGAGACUGGCGACGGGGAGAACUAGAGCGCACUUCACUGUUGACCCACGUCCCCACUUCUCUUCCUUUAAUCUCUCUUCGUCUUUCUUCUCCUCCUCCUGUUCUUCUUCUUCUUCCUCCUUCUCUUCGUACACAUGAAACAGCCCACUCGUUCCCUCGUCCCACUCGUUUCGACCUCCGGCCUCCCGACCUCCCUUCUGUAUAACCAACAGCAUGAAUAGAACCUGAACCUUCACAAAUUUAAAAAAGAUAAAGGAGACAGAAACUGCCCCAUCACCUUGAGAACCCCCCCCCCUCCAUCAUGCCCCCUCUCUUCUUAUCGCAGGAAGGGUUUUGAUCCAGAGCCACUAAAUAAAUAAAUAAAUUCCCAGUUCUUAUCCUCCUCAUUUUUAAUCCCCACCAUUCCUUCCAUUCCCCCCCCCCCCCUCUCUCUCUCUCUAGCGAGUUAAUGCAUUUAUAUAGUUGGCCACCCCCCCUCCCCCCUUUUUUCUUUUUGGCUCUUCUUCUUAGUGUAACUGGCACAAAAUGGCUGCUGGUUUUAUUCCACUUUAAAACAAGAGAAACAACAAAAGGUUAUUAAACUUGUCCGUUUAUUUUCAACAAACACUGUGAUGCUUAGUUUUUCCUUCUUCGCCACCAGAUUUCCUCCAAUGAGACACGAUAUUCGGCCCAGGAAGCGAGGGGAGGGGGUGCGUUCCAACCGGCGGUGCCGUUCUGCUGAGGGUCUAUACAGAAGGGUUCUCCGACAAGGCUGUUUUAUUGUGACACUGACAAAUCUAAAAUCAUUAGAAAACACUCGCUGUUUUUCACUUUGAAUCGAUCCUCUCUCACCGCGACCGGCGCUCUGCAGAAAAACUGAUUUGGAAAAUUAUGCUGACAAACAAACCAUACAUUCCAUCUUCACGUUUUACAAGAUCUUCCUCCUCCUGCGACGCCACCCCCCCCCCCCCCCCCUUCCCCCUCCAGUUAAUUCCUUAACCACAUGUUCACUUCCUCCUCCUGCCGUUGCUUUUUAUUUCUCUCUGUGUUUGUGUGUUUGACAAAUCACACCCUUUCGUUCUGUUUUUUGAAAACUGUAAAAUUGUAAAACAUUUUUAGAGCUUAACUGUAAAUCUGUCUUUUGGAAAAGCGAAAAACGGUUUUGUUGAUAUUGUUCGUUUGACACCUGCUUGUAAAGAAAAAACCUUGAAGCCGUAACAGACACAUUGUUGUUUGUCACCAGAUCGUGUUUUUUUUUUUGGAUUGUUUGGUACUUUUCUUUUUUUCCCCGUCUGAAGCUUCGAGUCUCGGAAGAAAGUUUCCACUCGCUGUCGAAUGGUGCGAUCUGCCAACGAGGAUGCGUGUCUCCAUGCAUCAACAUAUAAAUCUACCACGAGCGCCGAGUGGGGAAUUCUACGCUCAGUUGACACUUUCAAACUCUCGCUGUUGCCUCGUUUUCCAAACAGGGCCGGUCGUGCCGGCGAGUGCCUGGUACGGAUCCGUCGACCCGAUCGUUUUGUCAGAACUGUCGAAGAAAUCCGGUUAAAGCGAGGAAGCAGUGAGCUGCAGUCCAAGUCCACUACAGGUCACGUGCGUCAAAGUAGCCAAAUCUCCCGGCAGCCGAUCAGCCAAUCAUCUGUUUGUGGAAGUGAAAACCUGAAGUGGGAUCACGGUUUUUGUCUUCGGGCCGCAAUUCGUAAGAAAAACAAUGAUUUGCUUACGUGUGACGGCCACGUUCAGAUUCUCUUCUCAGGAUAAUCGAUCUUUCACGAUAAUCUGCACCUGAAAUCAUGUGGUUUAUUUUUACGACUGCGCCAAAAGCAGGAGACUGAACGUGCUCAGAAGAAACUCCCGUCUCAAACUAGACCUCGUCUUUAGUCCCAGACUCUUAGAGAAUUAUUGGAACCAGGCCACGAACCCAAAAUCAGUUUCCCUCGUCCGCUCAGUGUCACAAUAACCUUGUCAUUCACCAUCUCGACAUUCCAUCUGUAGGUUGUAGAAAAGUUCAUGUGUCUCAAUGUUUUUUGGGUUUUUUUCUUUUUGCUGGGGACAAAACGUUUUCAUGCACUGAAGUUUAAAAGGUAAAAAAAAGAAUAAAUAAAUUCCUCCCUGCCGCUCUUUUUCUCUAUAGCUGAACAAAAAAAGGCAGUUAUACGCUUUAUAAGGAAAAAAAUAUGAUCCCAUGCAGUAGUGAAUGUGGCACCGAGCCUGUCUGUAUAUCUGGUAUCUCAAAUCAUUUUGUUUUUACUGACCAGUAUUCUGCUUAAAAUAAAAAUGAAAAAAAAAUAACCCCCCCCCCCCACACAAAAAAAACCCAACAAAAAAAGUUUGCUUCUGUGAUGGUUUUAUUGCUUAGCGCACGUGGUUGUGAAAAAUUUAGACUUUAGCUUAAGGACGCCGAUUAAAAAAAAAAAAAGAGAAAAAGAAAAAAAAACUCGGCAUCCCCCCCCCCUCCCCCCUGGUUAUUGACGUAAUACUAGAUUUGUGUAUGUCUUUUAAAAUAAAAAAAAAUUCCAACUCUAGUUUCACCUUACAUGUUAUAAACAGGACAAAAAUGUAAAAGACAAUUUAAAGUGAAAUAAAGGUUUUAUCAGUUCUGAA